AUGGAGACGCCAGCUCAGAGUGCCCCCGCGACGGACGCCUCGCCGCCUCAGUCCGCCGAUACCGACGCGCACACGCUGCACGCCCCCGCGCCGGACAGCUCGCCCGCCGCCGCGCCCAGCGAGCCCUCCUGCAUCGGCAUGCUCCGCUCUGCGGCCGAGGCGUGCGAGGAUGCUGGUUCGGCGGUGCUGUCGGAGCCUUCGGCUGCAGCUGCGGCGCGCGAGCUCUGCGAGCGCGUGCUUGCCCUCCUGCCUGCCGACCAGAGGGGCACCUCUUCCUCCAGCGGGAUCAACGUGGACGUGGAGCUCGACAAGUGGGUCAACGCUAAACGUGCGAAAGACUUUGUGACGGCCGACGCAAUCCGCGAGAAGCUACGCGCCGCGGGGGUCGAUCCGGACCGCGCCCGUCCGCGCGACGUGCGUGGCACCCGUGCCACCGAGUCUCCCUCAACAACGGGCCCGGCGGCGGGCGCCAAGCGGCCACGGCAAGAGUACGACGCCGCAACCGAGGCACAGCUGGACCGGUGGCUGGAGGCGAAGCGCGCGAAGGACUUUGCAACUUCGGACUCGAUCCGAGACCAGCUGCGCGCGCGCGGCAUCGAUCCGGACCGCGCGAGGCCGCGAUGA